AUGCCUCUGAGCCGAAGCAGAGAGGGGUGGCCAAGGCGGUGGUGCCAGAGGAGGGUCUCGUGUGAGAGGCCGAAGCCGACACAGUACCUGAGAGCGCAGACUCGCCAGUACCUGAGCGUACAGGCGCAGUGGCACCUAGUGCAGCAGCCUCACUGGCACCUAGAGCAGCAGCCGCACAGGCACCUAGAGCAGCAGUACCAAUGCCCGGGCGUCCGUCAAGCGGCCAAAGCAGCGGCGGGCGGUGUGGGUGCCGCCACACUGCUCACCCGCGCGGUCGCCGGUGCGAAGAACGUAGGGGCAGGGACCAAACGCCCCACCACGCUAACGCUACGAGUACCACUCACGGAGCUGCUGAGGGGCGGGGACGUCGCGAGAGCGCUGCUGCUGCUGCUGCUGGCGCUGACCACCCCCAGUGCUUCUCCGCUGAGACGAGCUACUCCGACCACCUCCACCACCGCCACCCCCGCCUCCACCGCCACUGCCGCCACCGGCACCCUCACUCCCACCGCCUCCUCCGCCACCGCCUCCGCCGCCACCUCUGCCUCCACCGCCGCCACCAGUACCUCCACUCCCGCCACCACCUCCACUGCCACCCCCACUCCCCCCGCCGCCCCCACCUCCUCCGCCACUGCCCCCGCUAGCUCCACCCGCUCCCUUGCCCCCCUUGCCCUUGUCCGAGCGGCGCCUACCGCUGGGGGCAGACGCCGCACCAACCGACUCAAAACCAACAAGGUCGGCCGCAGCAGCAGAGGCGCCAGAGGGCAACAGGGGGGAAGGAGAACACCCCUCAAAGAUGGGGGUGCGAGGGUCACCACGAGAGGCCCCUACAGCGACUAUGCUCUUCUCAGCCGCUAG